AUGACCAAGAGUUUCCAAAGCAGUUUGUUUGCCCAAGUGAAUGCUCAAGAAGAGCGAAGGCUGAUCGACAAGCUCCGUGAUAUUGGUCUUGGCCAAUACAUUGAGCUGCCGCAAAUUGCGGUGAUGGGGGACACUUCCAGCGGCAAAUCGUCCCUCCUGUCGGCGCUUUCAGGCGUCUCGUUUCCAUCCAGUGAUCAGCUCACGACGAGGUGUCCUACUCAGCUCGUCCUCUCUCGUGCCAGCACAUUCAGCGGAACGGUGCGCCUCGUCCGGUUUCGCUCGGAUGGAGGUACUGAUGAGGAGGGUGAGACGGAUACCGGGGAAGAGGGUGAAAAGCUCACUCAUCUAGACGACGUCCCAUGUGCCAUCACGAAGCUCACGCAGAAACUGAUCGACGAAGGCCAAUACAUUAGUGACGAUCAAAUUGUGAUUGAAAUGAGUGGCCCCGACAUGCCAAAUCUCACUCUCACCGACCUGCCGGGAUUUGUGCGCACUGUGGGCGAUCACGAAGACCAUAGCAUCAUUGCAAGGGUUCGGCAAAUGAUCAACCGUUACAUGCAGCAAGAGCGAACGGUCAUCAUUGCUGUUGUGCCAGCUAAUGUCGACAUGCACAAUACGGAGAUAUUGCAAGCGGCUCAAGAGGCCGACCCGAAUGGAACGAGAACCAUUGCCGUGGUGACCAAAGUGGAUUUGGUUGACGCUGGUGCAGAGCUUGCAGUGCACGAGUUACUUCUGAACCGCAAGAAGAAAAUGCACUUGGGCUACCACGCCGUGAAGUGCCGAAGCCAACGGGAUCUGUCCAAGCGCAUGAGCAUUGAAAGAGGGCUGGCAGUCGAAAAGGUGUUUUUCGGCGAGCACGAGUAUUGGCGCCGACUAUCGACGCACUUGUGGGGAGUGCCACGACUAAGUGAACGGUUGAUGUCAAUUCUGCAAGACAAUAUCCGUCGGUCACUGCCAAAGGUGGUGGAGGAGAUCAGUUCGCGCAUGACGGAGACGCAAAAGUCAUUGGCGAAACUGGGCACGCCGUUGGAAACACCCGUGGUGCAACGUCAGCAGUUUGGCAAGUGGGUUGAUCAGUACUUGCGGUUGAUCGAAGCAGCAAUGAGCGGACGUUACGAAGCACUGCCGUCUACCCCGACACCAACAGCAUCGGAUCGAUGUCCGAAUCCACCCAAAAUGAAUGUCCGUCUUCGAGCCAUUCUUCGUGUCAAGGAAGCUAGCUUUGAAGUUGCGAUCAAGAAGUCGAAAGACUGUGUGUUUGGCGACGCCGAUGCGAAGAAACCACAAGAACAAGUGGCAGUUGGGGAUGCCGUGCAAAUUGAGACCGACGGCCAGUAUCGCAGUGGGCGAGUGAAAGGGAUCAACGGAACGGACAUUUGCUGCGAGGAGUAUGACCAGCAGUGGAAGAGCAAGGACCAUUGGCGCUUCGACGAACGGGCGAUGCUGAAACAGUUUAUCCGUGAAAACCGCGGCGAUGAGCUCCCGAUUUUUCCGUCGUACCAAGUCUUUCGCAACUUGUUUCGCAAGAUCGUUGACAAGUGGGGGCCACCGACAAAUGCACUGGUGCGUGCGUAUCUGUUGCAGACAAAGUUGGUGUCGGACUUCGUCUCUAAGGAGGUUGGGGCCAAUUCUCGAGUUGUGCAGUUUCUCAGAAGUACUGCGUCCGAUGUGCUGGACCGAGUGGUUGCGAAUGCGAGUAUGGAGAUGAGACUGGUGCUGAAUGGGGAAGGUCGGCCGUACACUCAGGACAAGCGUUUGUAUGACGAAUUGGACCAAGAACACUUGAAGGCUCUUCAAGAACAAGUGACCACAUCCGUUCAAGCAGAUUCAGAUGGAAAAGUGGAUCUCGCUGUGGUCAUGAAGGCUACAAAAGCAGCGGCAGCGUCUAUGGAAGAUCGGGAAGCGCUUGAUAUGCAAGCGGCACUGGAAGCGUACUUCAAGGUGGCGGUCGCGCGCUUUGCAGACGAGAUUCUCAUGCGGCUGAACGACUUGAUUUUGAAGAAGUUUGUCGACGAAAUGGCACAGGAGCUCAACGGGUUGACGGAUGCGACACUGGCCAGACUGAUGCAAAACUCCGAGCUCAAAGUGGCGGAACGUCGUCAGCUCAGGGAAAAACUUACCUGUCUGGCGAAUGCAAAGAUUGCGAUAGAGUGUUAUGGUGAUAGAAGUGGUGCUGGAAUUCAUAGGAUUGCUGAUAAAAGUGGAAUCUUUAGUUAG